GACAGGCGCACACGUUCUCUCUCUCCCUCUCUCUUUCAAACACACGCACACACACACACAUGCUCAUGCACGCAGACGGCAACUUUCCUCUAUCGGACUGAGACAGCACACACGCCGGGAUAGACACACUCCCCUUGCUACAGUGGAGAAGAGAAUAAGGAGUGACAGAUCAGGAAAAAAAAGAAAUACAGAAAAAAAGGAGGUUCCCAGGUGAAGAGGAGGAUCACGCUGUCGUUUCGUCCCAUCCAAGAUGGCAAACCUUGUGACAUCUUUGUGCUGUGUAGUUCUGGCCGCAGUGGUGGUAGCCUACGCUCAGAGACGCAGUCAGCUUGUUGCUAGGAUCCAGUACGAGCGAAUGGGCAGUGAUGUCACCAUGCAGUGCGGCUCCCUGGACAAUGACGCAUCAGUGUCAUGGAAGGUGAACGGGACGGACGUGAAGGCCCAGCACAGUCUAGAGGGCCCCAGACUGAUGCUGACCCAAGUGGCCCUGGGCCACAACGGGCUCUACAGCUGCUUUCAGAACCCACACGGAGAGAGACGUGACACCAUCAAUCUCCGCAUCGGCAUUCCCCCCCGAGAGCCCACGAUCACGUGUCGAUCCAACACCUAUCCUAAAGGCUUCUACUGCAGCUGGCACCAGAUACACCCAACGUACAUCCCCACCAACUUUGAAGUGGACGUUCAACAUAACCAGCGCUCACUGGAGGUGCAGAAAGAUCCGGUACACAAGAAUCGCUGUCAUGUACGUUUUCCUGAGGUCUUCUCCAGUUUCCCCUACAAAGUGAACGUGACAGCAGUCAACGCCUUGGGGAAAGCCUCUAUGACCAUCUCUUUUGAAGAGUCCAGUAUAGUCAAACCAGACCCCCCGGAGCGUGUGACGGCAACCCCAAUCCGUUACAACACGCGGAGGUUGGAGGUAUCCUGGCACAGCCCCGCCACCUGGCCUGACAUCGACAACUUCCCUCUGAAAUACUUCCUUCGAUACCGGCCACUCAUCCGAGAGCAGUGGCAACAUGUGGAACUAUCUGACAGCACCUCCCACACUAUCACCGAUGCCUAUGCUGGGAAGGAAUACAUCAUCCAGGUGGCUGCCAAAGACACAGAGAUUGGAACAUGGAGUGACUGGAGUGUUGCUGUGCACGCUACACCCUGGAUUGAAGAGCCUGUGCAGAUCACUUCCACAACUGAAGUGGAGUUUCUUGCCGAGACUAAGACCUCUCCCAUCCCGUCCUCCAAUGCACCACAGAAGGCUGAACGUCCAGUGGGCAGAGCUGCCAGGGUCCUCACAUUCUUCUCCCCUUUGCUGUUAGGAAUGCUGCCGCUGUUCAUGUGAUGUAAAUGUCUUAUUCCUGAAGGGAGAGGUGGAGCAGGAGGAAGAAGAGGAAGCAGAAGAGGAGGAGGAGGAGGAGGCUGGUCUUUUUUCUAUUUUGCACAUGUUUCAAGGAUACAGUGCAUUGAUCAUUUCUGUCCAUCACACAGUUACUCACCGAGAUUACUUAGAUACCAGACGAUGAUAAUGCGAUUCAGCAUUUUUGAUUAAUGGUGACAAAGAAAGUCUUCAGAGGAACUCUUGAAAGCGGCAUCAUCAUCCUCAACAACAACAACAACAACAACAACAACAGCAGCAACAAGAGCAGCAACCAACCACAACAACAUAAACAGUCUUGUAAUACCCCCUGGUGGCUUUGACGGGCCACAGCAGACUGAUUUGUUUGGGAAUCUCCUCGUCAGAACAAGAAAAUCACCACCUCAGAUGACAAAAAGUCCCCUAAUUACUCUUUUGCUCUUAUUUUUUUUUUAAUAAUUUGUCUUAAUUUUGAGUUUCCUUUGAAACUGUACACACAAACACACACACAUAUAGAGCAUGCGUGUUUGUGUGUAUAGUCACCGUAGCCCAUACAGCUAAAUCACCAUGCCAAAGACUCAACUUCACCCCCCAACAAAACGGUUCCCAAACAGUUCAUUGAGCUUCCUGAAGCCUGUGCCUGCCUUUGUUGUGGGUUGAGAACCCCAGAAAGUUGUGUGCGCGCACAACGCCUGAUCGAUACAGACUCAAAUGGUAUACGAAUCAAACUUUGGACGAAUCCGAGGAACCCUGCAGCUCCUGUUUGUGUAAACCUUUCAUUUUAACAAAGAAGCCACAAAAAAAAAAUACUCAAUCAGACUCUGAAUCUGUGCGCCUCCAACGACCCAAUCAAACUGACGGAGCAAGUCGUUUUUGAUGUUUCGAUACGAGGACUAACACUUUGAAGAAUUCAGUAAUGGUAGUCUGGCUUAUUUAGACAAUUAGCUUUACAUUCUGCUUUCAGAGACUGGCAAGGAGGACUUGGAUUGUAAAAAAAAAAAUAAAAAAAAUAAAAGUGGAUUUGAGACUGAACUAUUCUUUGCCCACCAGUUUGUUUUGGUUCGACUUUGUAUUGACGAAGACAAAGUUGGUUAUUGAAGCAUAUCGAUACGAGCUAUGUUGGUUUUCCAUUCUGCUCUGUGCUGUAAAAUACAAUAACACAAAACAGUUUGCUUUCCAAAUUCUGACGCCUUUACAAACAUAAGAUAAAUGUCUUUUUGCAGUUUACAUUUCAAUAGCCAAUAUCACCAGUUAAUAUUAUGUUAUUCAAAGGAAUAUUGAUGUGUUUUAUUGUAUUUUUUUUCUUUUUUUUUGAUUUUAUGGACAAAUAGGCUAAUAAAAACACACAUAUAGGGUUUUAGUUUUUUUUUCAGACAUUCAUAAUGGCUUAAUUCUCCUUGAUCCUAUUUUGUACACUAUGAUAUGUAACUUUAACAUUGAACAAAAAGUUUAUUAUUUAAUAAUAAUAAUAAUAAUAAUGUAUGUAUUAGCAGUAGAAUGUCGUAACCUGUACCUGGGGUCUUUUUUAUAGAUGUAUAUACAAUGACAGGUUUCAACCAUUAAAUGUGACCAUUUCACAAUGAAUGAUGACA